AUGACGGACCUAAUUGAUACUCCCGUAAUUAUUAUCGGCGGUGGUGGCUGCGGCCUCACCUCCUCAAUCACGCUAUCCAAUCUCAAUAUCGAGCACAUCUUGUUCGAGAAGCACCCAGGUACAUCGCUCCUUCCCAAAGCCCAUUAUCUCAAUCAACGUACUUUGGAGACGCUGCGCCAUAUGGGGAUAUCUGACGAAGUCACACGGAUAUCGUGCCCCCCUGAGCAUAUGUCUCGAGUCGAAUUCAGAUCAUCCCUUGGUGGCGAUGAUGUGACUGAUGGCCGCUUGCUUGGUUACAACUCAGCUUGGGGCAACGAAAUUGGUGGUCCUGACUAUGAGACAUGGAGACGCGAUUCGCCAGCCAUCGCUACCAACCUCCCGCUCCUCAGGCUAGAGCCGAUUUUCCGUCGUAUUGCGGAAAAACGCAAUCCUGGCCGCAUCCUUUUCAACCACAAGGUGGCAGACUUCGAAGAGAAAGAUGAUCAUGUCUUGGUUACUGUGGACCAUCCCGAUGGGAAAUCCGUUACGUACCGUGCUCAGUACGUAGUUGCUGCCGACGGCGGAAAACUAUCAACGCCAAAGCUCGGCAUCAAAAUGGAAGGGCCUACCAAGAUGGUGGAUUUUGUUACUACACAUUUCAAAGCUGAUUUGUCUAGGUACUGGGAUGAUCGCACUAUAUUUACUCAUUUCAUCAAUCCAGAGGGCGAGAAAAUGGCCAAUUUUGAUAGCGGUCUUCUUGUUCAGAUGGGACCGACUUGGGGUCGCAAGUCGGAGGAGUGGGUUCUCCAUUUCGGUUUCGCAGUCAGCGAUGAUACACGCUUUGACAAAGAGGCCUUGCCUCCCCGGAUCCGUCAGCUUUUGAAGCUGCCCGAUUUGGAGAUGGAGAUUCUGCAGAUCAGCCAUUGGCUUCUCGACCGUGUGCUUGCAGAUAAGUAUCGCAAAGGGCGAGUCUUUAUUGCCGGAGAUGCAGCUCAUCGGCGCCCACCUACGACAGGCCUAGGACUCAACACGUCUAUAGAAGACGGUCAAAACCUCGCUUGGAAGUUGGCGGCAGUUCUCAAGGGGAAAGCAAAACCCUCUCUUCUUGACACUUACGAAUCUGAAAGACGCCCAGUAGCGAAGCGAAACUGUGACUGGGGUCUUUUCACCUUUAAGAACCUGCAAGUGGUGCAAGCUGCUGUGGGACUGGUACCUGGACAAACAGACUACAACCGUCAACGUUUCAACGACAUCUUCGAGGAUAGCCCCUUCGGCCACGCGCACCUGGCCCACAUCCAACGAGUGCUUGAUACGCAGGAUAUCGAGUUCAGGGCCCAUGAUGUAGAGUUAGGCUUCGUCUAUGAGGAAGGCGCUCGUAUCCCCGACGGCACAGACCCUCCUCCGCUUGACCCUACAGGUAGGACUUACACUCCAACAUCUCGUCCUGGUCAUCGAUUGCCACAUGCAUGGAUCGAAAAGGAAGGAAAGGCCAUUUCGACACACGACUUGCUGGUCUUGGGCAAGCACGACUUCUUUUUGAUCACCGAUGAAGAUGGGAGUGCUUGGGUUGAAGCAGCAGCGAAGAUCUCCAAGACAACGGAAUGGAAAAUCGGCGCAGCAAAAGUCAGAGUGCGACCACACACCAAGGGCUCGGACUUCCACUACGACUGCCACAACCAGUGGAUCAAGGUAAGGGGAUUCAAAGACGGCGGCGCGAUACUUGUUAGGCCCGAUAACUUUGUAGCCUGGCGAAGCCGCUCUGUGUCUGCUAGUUCGGAGGACACACUGCGUAGUGUUUUGGCGGCCUUGUCGGGACUUGCUUCGUAG